GGCUUGAGAGAGACGUUGUAAUCAGUAUGGUCGUCCAUCCUAAAUCAGAUCCAGCCAGCCAACUCAUCAGCAUGCAGACAGAGAUCGGUAACCGAUCAGUGUCGAUCAGUCAGACGCUGCCAUGCUAAAUGAAAUGCAGCAUGCAGUCCGUUUCAACACAGGCAUCCAGACAGGGACGACUUGAAAAACUACAAAACCACCCGCGAUGCAAUGUUCGGCUGGCCUUUUCGCCGAUACCGGCACUCACUGAGUGAGUGUGAGAACGGUCAGUGCCAGAAGCAGCAGAUGGAGGGGACCGCCGCUGCAUAGACGCAGUCAACACGGCAGCACACGAAGACACAAGGAGACACCUGUGUAUCUGUCUGCAACGGUAGCUGGUGUUCGCACCUGAAUGCACUGCUGUCGGUGCCGUCGUCUCCGGCAGGGGGCUCCUCUGUGUGUGACAGGGACAUGUCAUUACUGGUAAGGUCUCAUGCACGGUUGGCUAUACCUACCAGUGCUGGUGGCGGGCUCCGGACUGAUGGUGCUGAGUCCGUCAAUGGUAGUGGGCUCCUCGCUGGUGCUGCCGACAUCGUCAGUGGAGCUGCCCACCUGCUGAGGAGGGAUGCUGGGUGUCUCAGCGGACGUGGGUGCCUCAGAGGAGGAGCUGACUUCGUCGACGGGUCCCUCACUGGUGCUGAUGUCAGGCUCCUCACUGGUGCUAGGCUCUUCCGUGCUGCUGGUGCUGCAUUCAAGCACCACAGCCCGACAGACGGACAGACAAAUGGACGGCUCAAUGUGUGGAGACGGUAUCGGACCUGUCUCCUACGCCACGAAGCGCGCUGCCAGUGAAAGAGAAGAACAGACCAACAGGAUAUGUGGUCAAUGGGUGUAUUGCUGAGAGACGUGUAGUAUCGUGCGUACACAGCUUCAGCGACGGCGAGUGUUCCAGCGGCAGUGCUGAAGUUCUCCGGUUGGGUCAAUCGAUUGCAUCCUGACCCGGCCGCACACCUGCAUGCGAAGCCCCCACGGUAGACGGCAUAUAUGUAUCAUUCCUAAGUGCCUCUUACCAGCAGAGGUCGUACAACCCUGGCGUCAGCGGCGUGUUGAAUGAGUACACUGAAAAGCUGCCGUCUGCCGCAGUGCCGGUCGCAAUCGCCCAUGCAACUGAAACACGACAUACAGUCUCACGAAGAUAUUCAUCCACUAAGCCCCAGCCCUCUGGCUGGUUGCUCACCGGAGGAGCCUGCCUCGAGAGUGGCACAGUCCUCCUGCUUGGUGAUGGCGAUGAGCAUGUCCCCAUUGGCGAGGCCAGUGCCUGUGACGGUGUGCUCACAGACGUCAGGGGCGCACACCAGCGUCUCUGCAUCAGGCUGAGCGCCUGCAGGGGAGAAAUCGGAAAAUGAUCACUAUGCACUGCAGAACAUCACUGCCUCCUUGCUGCUUGCCCGUGAGGGUUGCCAAGAGGAGGAAGACUGCCCCGACAACCAGCAUCGUCUCAAACUAGUGGAAAACUCGCGCGAGCCUGGGGGCCGGAUGGACUCUGGCCGUUUUUCCCUG